UCAUAAAUACCUCGCUCUGCAUGAAUUAUUACACAGCUUGGAGGUUGUAGUGAGCAUGUGCAUCCAACCGAGGUACCAAACGUUGAACGUGGAGCUCCAUCAGCACAGCCAGCAUGGACAUCUCUGUUCUACCCAACAACAACCAUCCAGAGAAAUUCCUCCAACUCGACGUGGGCAUGCUGCCCGCCACUCACGGCAUGUUCCAGGUCGGUGCUGCCAUGUCCAGUCAGAGACACUGGCACAACAGGGUCUAUUCUCAGAGAGAGCGUAGAGUCGUGACUGAAACUGGCCCAUCUCCAGCACCGGAGGGCACCACUGUUAUGUUUGUGGACAGAUAUCUGGAAAAGCACAUCACCCCGCUCACUCUGAAGUCCAACAUUAAAAGAAACCCGCUGUACAUGGACAUGAGAGCUGCAGACACGGUGGACAACGAGAAAGCCAAACCUUCCUGGACUGUCCAGGACUACGACACACAAACCAUCAACGGCAACCUGGCAGACUACCUGAAGGAGGAAGAGAAGACUCCAAAAGAUCUGGACUUUUGGCUCGAGGAUCUCUACACGCCUGGUUUUGACUCUUUGCUGAAGAAGAAAGAAGCAGAACACAAAAAGAAAAAACUCUGGAAAAUACUUGCUUCUGUGUCUUUGUCUGUGUGUGCAAUUGUCAUUAUCAUUGUAGUGCCAAUAGUGGUCUUAAAAAAAGAGUAA